AUGUCCAUCGAAAACCUCAAGACCUUCGACCCCUUCGCCGAAGCCGACGAAGAUACCGGCGAGACUAAACAGUCUCAGAACUAUAUCCACAUACGGAUUCAGCAGCGCAAUGGUCGUAAGACUCUGACCACUGUUCAGGGUCUUCCCAAGAAAUUCGACCAGAAGAAGAUUCUCAAGGUCAUCAAGAAGAAGUUCGCUUGCAAUGGCACCAUCGUCACUGACACUGAGAUGGGCGAGGUGAUCCAGUUGCAGGGAGAUCAGAGAAAGGAUGUCCAGGAGUUCCUGACUGACAAGGAUGGACUCGAGCUUGAUGCCAAGACCAUCAAGGUCCACGGUUUCUAA